AUUCCAAAAAAUAAAUUCCGCCCAAAUUCAUACAUUUCCUUCCUUCCCCUACUGAUCAUCGAUUGCUCUCAAGAAAAAAACCUCACAAAAAUUCAAGAUUCCGGUCCCAUUUUCUUCUCCGAUCGAGAAAUUCGAAUCCCAUUCGUGAAAAAAAAUGAGUGUGGCGCAGUUCCCAGACGCCGCCAUGGAUUCCUCCGCAGAUCUGCAGAUAUGGAACAACGCCGCCUUCGACAACGGAGAGAUUUCCGAAGAUUUGGCGGCGAGCAAGCAGUCUUGGGGCUCUCUGAAGUCGAUUUUCGGCAACGCGAAGGCGUCUUUCGACUCCGUUUCCGGUAAAGAAAAUCAGGGUUUCGCGUCGGAGAAUCAGAUCCCCUCUUUUCCGAAAUCGGCCUCAACGACGCCGUUUAAGCCGCUCAACGCGGUCGAAUCAGUUGAGAAAUCGAAAAUUAGGGAAAUCGCGAUGAACAAGAGUUUCGAGCAGAAUCCGGUUUCGAAGAUCGAUGAGGAAAUUGAAGAAAUCGAGUCUCAAAUUUUGCGAUUGAAUUCGCGAUUGGAGUCUUUGAAGGUGGAGAAGGCGAGCGUGAGAGCUGCGGAGAGGAAAGGGAGAUCCGUCGCCGCGAAAUUCAUGGAGCAGAAACAGAGCGUCAGUAAGAAUGCGGAGAUUCCGAAUUCGAAUUCGAAUUUGAGCGCAAGAACAAAGGUUAGCAGAAGAGGGAUUAGCUUAGGGCCAGCUGAGAUCCUCUCCGCGGGGCGUAGAGGUAUGAGUUUGGGGCCUUCCGAGAUUUUUGGGGCGGCGAAAUCGAGGCAGGUGAUGAUGAACACCCCACUGCAGAGUAGUAGGAGGAAAUCUUGCUUGUUGAAGUUGCCGGAGAUUGAUGAGGAGAGGGUGAAGAGCAGCAGUUUGAGCCCGAAAUCGAGGAAAGUUGCUGCUGGUAAACCUAGGCAGGCUGCGACAACAAUUGGAUCAAAAAAGGCUGUGAAGAAGGAGGAUUCCGUGAUGAGCUCUGUUCAGCCGAAGAAGCUCUUCAGAGAUGGCGAGAAAUCGGCCCCAAACAAGAAGGCGUUUAGGCCGGGGAGGGUGGUGGCGAGUAGGUACAACCAGAACAACGCGUCGUCGUCUCAAGCUUCAGCAAUGAGGAAGAGAUCUCUGCCGGAUUAUGAUGGAGACGGGGGCAAAAGGGUAGAGAAGAAGAGGUCUUUAUCCCCAGGGAAGACGAGGGCUAAUGAAAGCGAGGUCCGUGUGAAGAAGAGGUGGGAGAUUCCUAGUGAGAUUGUGGUUCAUGGCAGUGUGGAGGGGGAGGGGGAGAGGUCUCCGGCUGGAUGUGUUGUGGCGGCGCCUUGCCUGCUUCCAAGGCUGAGGAUUGCUCGUUGCAACGAGAGCCCGCGUGACUCUGGGCCCGCGAAGAAGGUAGCUGAAUUGGUGGGGAGGAGGUCAUACUUUGCUAGUGAUGAGGGUGUAGAGGUGUGUCAAGCUCUGAGUUAUGAAGAAGAAGAAGAGUGUUGAAUGUGGUUGGAUUGUGUUUUUGGUAAAUAGAAUAAGAAGUGGAUUAAGCUUUGUUUUGGUUUCUUGUUUCAAGCAUACUUGUGCUUUUUCAAAAGUAGAUGGUGUUUUUGUUUACUAGAGUGGUGUUUGUCUAGUAAUUUUCGUUUCAUCAAUACAUGUCAUGUGUAUUAAUGACGGCGUGACUAAAGGAAUAUGAGAUGAAAUCUUGUUAUA